AUGGAGCAAGCCAUCACGAUGGACGGAGCUCUGAGAAUGGGCAACCUUUUUUUUCUUUGCUUCGCUGUGACUCUCACUUCGUGGAUCAUUGCUGAGGCAUUAUACAACCUUUUUUUCCAUCCACUCCGUACUUUUCCAGGUCCUCUGUUAUGGCGCGCCUUUCGCCUUCCCUUCGUCAUCAAGGCUAUCCAGGGCCGCCUAGCCUUUGAUAUGCUCUCGAUACAUGAACAGUAUGGGCCCGUGGUGCGCAUUGCUCCCAACGAGCUGGCGUUUGCGCACUCGUCAGCUUGGCACGACAUCAUGGGUGGCAAGCAAGAUUUUGCAAAAUGGGACGAGUACUAUAAAGUUCAGGAUCGUCAGGCUACUAAUAUCAUGUUUGCACCUGCUGAAGAGCAUGCCAAAAUGCGACGAGCAGCAGGCUUCGGCUUUUCCGACCGGACGCUGCGGGAGAUGGAACCUCUGAUCCAAAACUCCAUUGGGCUUCUUAUCCGUCGGUUACGGGAUCAUUGCAAGUCGCCCGAGGCCUAUGGAAAGGUAGAUAUGUCGGCAUGGUACAAUUUUACGACAUUUGACUUGAUUGGCAACUUGGUGAUGGGCGAAUCUUACCAUUGCCUGGAGAAUGCCGAUUAUCACCCCUGGGUGCGACCCAUUUUUCAAGUUACAUACAUUAGUGCCAUCAUGUCUUCACUGGGUCACUACCCGUGGUUUAAGUCGACCCUUCUGCGUCUUUUUCGGUCUAUCAUCUCCAGAAAAAUACUUAACCAUCAGGCAUACACGAGGGCAAAGCUUGCAGAACGCAUGAAGGUCAACCGAAUUGAUCUUGUUCAGGCCAUGUUGGAUAUAAACAGGGAUAAUGAGGUCGAAAUGGACAAGCUCGUCAUGAAUGCCUCGGUCCUCAUUGUGGCCGGCUCUGAAACCACCGCCACCGUGCUUUCGGGUGUUACUUACCUACUUCUGAGCCAUCCAGACAAGUUAGCUAGACUCACAGACGAAGUGAGAAACGCAUUUGAAAGCGAAGACGACAUAACGGUGGUCAAAGUCAGCCAGCUGGACUACAUGUUGGCUUGUUUAGAAGAAACGAUGCGUUUGUACCCUCCAGUUCCGAUUGGCAUGCCAAGGAUCGUUCCAAAGGGAGGCCGUAUUAUCGGCGGGUCCUACGUGCCCGAAAAUACCCACGUUGCCAUAUGGCAUCGGGCUCUAUACCGCAAUCCGGCCUACUUCACACACCCCACAAGCUUCUGUCCAGAGCGUUUCCAGGGGGAUCCGAAAUUUGUAGACGACGAGCGAGAAGUACUCCAGCCGUUCCAUGUGGGGAAGCGCAACUGUAUUGGCAGAUCCUUGGCCUAUAUAGAGAUGCGCUUAGUUCUGGCUCGCAUGCUCUUCAACUUUGAUAUGGUGCUAAAUGACGAAAGUCGUGACUGGAUGGCAAACCAGAGAGCUUACAACAUAUGGUCCAAACCACCAUUACACGUACGCUUGAGUCCACGGAGCCUUAAUUAA